AUGCCCCCAUACUUCCUCCUCUUAAGCCUCCUCUUCCACGCCAUAGGCGCCAACGCCAAACCCAUCCAACUUGCUUCUAGACAAAAAUGCCAAUCCUCAGGAACCCAUUGUCCUCCCGGAACAAUCAUCGUCAGCGCCUCUGACCAACGCGCCGACUUCCCGACUAUUCAAGACGCCAUAAACUCCCUCCCAGACGACCCAAGCCCGCAAACAAUCCUCAUCCUAGCAGGCACCUACACCGAGCAAGUCAACAUAACCCGCUCCGGCCCAAUCACUCUCCUCGGCCAAACGACCUCGCCCAAAGACGCCACCCGCAAUCGCGUGCGCAUCACCUGGGCCGCCGCCAAUCAAGACAACACCGGCCAAAGCCUCGACAACGUCUACUCCAGCGUCCUGGUCGUAGCCCCCACGCUCGAAUCAAGUCUCACGGGCUCUGGGCCAACAGGCCAUGCCGUGCCGGCCGAUACGCGCUUCGGAAAUGGGGAUUUCCGCGCAUACAACAUCGAUUUCGAUAAUACCUGGGCGGAGUACGCUGAUGGACCCGCGCACGCAUUGAGUUUCAGUCGCGCUAACGGGGGCUUCUAUUACUGCGGAUUCUAUUCGUAUCAGGAUACAGUCUAUGUAGGCAAGCUCGCCAAUGCAUACUUCCAUGCUAGCAUCAUUGCCGGCCAGACGGACUUCGUUUAUGGAUUUGGCACCGCCUGGAUCCAAUCCAGCGCGCUGCAGCUGCGGGGUUGUGGUGGUGGUAUUACUGCUUGGAAAGGUACUGAUACUACCUUUGCAAAUAGGUAUGGCGUGUACGUCGUUGACUCGACGGUUCGUGCGGCGAAUGCUUCUGUUGCGCUGGAUAUCGUGGGUGCGUGUGCGCUUGGCAGGCCGUGGAAUAGCCAGCAUCGGUCUAUCUUUGCGCGGUGCUAUGAAGAUGGGAGUAUUGAUCCUAGUGGGUAUGUGGAUUGGGUUGUUUCGGGUGUUUCGCGGUUUGAAGAGGGUGUUACCCUUAUGGCGGAGUAUCGGUCGUAUGGGCCUGGGUUUAACGCCACAGGCAGGGUCGGGGGUGUGACUACUGUUCUGGAGCGAGAGACGUGGGAGAUGUACAAUCAUCCGCAGAAGGUGUUUCAGGAUUCGGAUGGUCAGUUUGGGAAUACGAAGUGGAUUGAUUGGGAGACUGUGAGAGGAUGA